CGCGUCCGACCGGCCCGGGCUGCCCGCUCCCCGCCAUGGCCACCUCUCCGCAGAAGUCGCCCUCCGCCCCCAAAUCCCCCACCCCCAAGUCGCCCCCGUCCCGGAAGAAAGAUGACUCCUUCUUGGGGAAACUCGGGGGGACGCUGGCCCGGAGGAAGAAAGCCAAGGAGGUCUCGGAGCUCCAGGAGGAGGGCAUGAACGCCAUCAACCUGCCCCUCAACCCGAUCCCGUUCGAGCUGGACCCUGAGGACACCAUGCUGGAGGAGAAUGAAGUUCGAACAAUGGUGGAUCCAAACUCGCGCAGUGACCCCAAACUCCAAGAACUGAUGAAGGUAUUAAUUGACUGGAUUAAUGAUGUCUUGGUUGGAGAGAGAAUCAUUGUGAAAGACCUGGCUGAAGAUUUGUAUGAUGGACAAGUCCUGCAGAAGCUGUUCGAGAAACUUGAGAGCGAGAAGCUGAACGUUGCUGAGGUCACCCAGUCAGAGAUUGCGCAGAAGCAAAAGCUGCAGACAGUCCUGGAGAAGAUCAAUGAAACCCUCAAACUCCCUCCCAGGAGCAUCAAGUGGAACGUGGACUCUGUUCACGCCAAGAGCCUGGUGGCCAUCUUGCAUCUGCUAGUUGCUCUGUCCCAGUAUUUCCGGGCACCAAUACGACUCCCAGACCAUGUUUCCAUCCAAGUGGUUGUGGUCCAGAAACGAGAAGGAAUCCUCCAGUCUCGGCAAAUCCAAGAGGAAAUAACUGGUAACACAGAGGCUCUUUCUGGAAGGCAUGAACGUGAUGCCUUUGACACCUUGUUCGACCACGCCCCGGACAAGCUCAAUGUAGUAAAGAAGACACUCAUCACUUUUGUGAACAAGCACCUGAAUAAACUGAACCUGGAGGUCACGGAACUGGAAACCCAGUUUGCAGAUGGUGUAUACUUGGUGCUGCUCAUGGGGCUCCUGGAGGGCUACUUUGUGCCCCUGCACAGCUUCUUUCUGACCCCAGACAGCUUUGAACAGAAGGUUUUAAAUGUCUCCUUUGCCUUUGAGCUCAUGCAAGAUGGAGGGCUGGAAAAGCCAAAACCACGGCCAGAAGACAUUGUCAACUGUGACCUGAAGUCCACACUGCGAGUGCUGUACAACCUCUUCACCAAGUACCGGAAUGUGGAGUGAGGACACGCUGGACAGUCCUCCAGUCGCCUUAACCUGCUUGUUCCUGUCUCCUGCUCUGUGCUCUCCCACAAGUCCAGCCAUUGCCCAGAGAUCACGGGAACUGAAAUUAUCAAGGAAAUGAUCACCAACGGAGUAGGCCCCAGCUCCCAGGCCCUGGGAAUAUUCUCUGCUAGGUCCAGAUUUCCCUCAGUGUCAUUUGGGGACCAGCUUAGGCACAAGUGGCACACCCCCAAGAUGAAAAUAAAGAUAAUAGUUAACUGUUUAAUGAGUGUACACUAUGUACUAGGCUAAGUGCUCCUAUAUGUGCAAACUCCUUCAUCCUCCAGGCUCCCAAUAAGCAGGUGUUAUGAUUUCCUUUCACAGACAAGGAAACUGAGGCUCAGACAGGCUAAGGGCUUGCCAGAGCUGGCAUUUGUUUUUCCACUUUGAACAAUAUGUGUUACUAGCCAGUCACAGUGCAUUCUUUACACAUGCUAUACAUGCCUGUGUGCCUAUGUGUGCGCACAUUUGCACAUGCACACCUGUACUCUCAAUGAAGACAGAAGCCCACUGAUCUCACCACCAGGCAGACUAGGUCACAGCUUAGUGAUUCACACUGAAAUUGGCAAAUCAAAUUUAACCCAAUUAAUAGUGUGUGUGUGUGGCAGGAGACAUGUCCCUCAACUCCUUUAUACAAAUGAAAAUUACUCUUAAUUCCUUCAGAUUUGUAAUAACCCCAUACUCUGGUUUCAGGGUGACAUUUGGGAAGGAUUCUGUUUAAAAUUAAUGGAGUGGUACAUUUUGCAGCCUUUUUGCUUGAUUGCAUGUAAUGGAAAUGCCCUAUAUUUUCCUGCAAAAUAAGUACUCAAUUCAUUAUCGUUAGGCAAAUGAACAAUAUACCCAGACACCGCAGAGAGCUGGGUGCAAGCCCACGUGAGCAUAGCUUGGGAAGUAGGGCUCUUCAACAGGGACCCUUGAACUUUAAAGAAAGCAAUUCCUUUUUGCCUUCUAAUUGAUCAUUUAGACCAUUUCUGGCUCAGUCUGCCCACAUGCAAUUACCAGCUAAUUCAGGCGAGGAAAAAUGUAAGUCAUUUAGACCAAAGCCGAGCUGUUUCCUUGUGUGGGUUUACUAGUGGGCUUGUGGUUACUUGUAUCCCCUCUCCAUGAACCCUACUUUGAAACACAGGACUCUGGUUGUCUUAGGCUGCUGGGUCCUGUCAGAAGAGGAAUGGAACAGGGGUGCUAGGGAGACCAAAAGCAGGGAAAAUACACACUUAACAUAGGGGAAUUCCCUGAGGCAGAGGGAUCGGGCUUGCAUAUAUUUGUGUCCACAAAUUGACCAAGGCCUCGGGAUUAAUCACUUAUACUUAAUCUUACAGAAUUUUCCUAAACAUGCCAGAUGGACACCAGCCUGUGUAUUUGCCUCUAGAGCUCUAUGCCUGCUUUCCACUGCACUGGGCACAAAGUCCAUGUCUACUCUGAGGAAUCAACUUUGAUCUCUCUUCAUCCCACCCAGAGUUAGGAUUCCCUUAUUGUCCAAAACAUUUUCUUCUCAACAUUCCUUGUACACCUCUAUCUGCAGUCGCUUAGAAUCCAUAAAAUUUAGACAUACUACAUAUUUCUUUGGUAUUGUGAGCAUUUAAGACAAUGUAUGCUCUUGUGUUGAUUCAUGUUAAAGGAUAUAAUUCUUUUUUAUAUACUUAAUGAAUUAUAUUUUUCAUUAGGAAAUCCUUAAAAGUGUAAUAUUUCUGUUCUUUUAAAUUCCUGAUAACAAAUCAAGAUCAGUCAUUGCUUUGUCUCCUUGAACAAUACUAAAUUGGGAUGAAAUAAAAGAAAUGCAUUCAUGUAGACAUGCUUUGCUAUAUGAAUUUUGUCUCCUUUGUCUUAUGUUCAAACUGAAAAUAUAUAAAUGCUUUU